GUGAGCAUUAACAGGUUGCAUAACAUAAGCUUUUCUUUCUUUGUUUUUUUGAGUAAUAGUUGCAUAAGCUAUAAACCGAACUUUGAAUAGUAAGAAAUUAAAAAGGAAAAAGAAAUGAGUGUGAUUUGUAGGGUUUGGUGUUCAAUAAUAGUACCAUUGUUAUUGAUCUGCAAAAUCCACUUCGCAUUAGGUUCCUACGCAGGCACGAGUGCGAUCAUCGAUCCUACUAAGGUCAAACAAGUUUCAUGGAAACCAAGAGCUUUUGUUUACAAAGGUUUCUUGACUGAUUUGGAAUGCGAUCAUUUGAUUUCGAUUGCAAAAUCGGAGCUUAAGAGAUCUGCGGUGGCUGAUAAUUUGUCCGGUGAGAGUAAAUUGAGUGAAGUUAGAACCAGUUCUGGAAUGUUCAUUUCUAAGAAUAAGGACGCCAUUGUUUCUGGUAUUGAGGACAAGAUUUCAUCAUGGACCUUUCUUCCAAAAGAAAAUGGCGAAGACAUACAAGUAUUAAGAUAUGAGCACGGGCAGAAAUAUGAUCCACAUUAUGAUUACUUUGCUGAUAAAGUUAAUAUAGCUCGGGGUGGACACCGGGUCGCUACUGUUCUCAUGUAUCUCACCAAUGUGACCAAAGGUGGUGAAACAGUGUUCCCUAAUGCAGAGUUACAGGAAUCUCCCCGUCAUAAAUUGUCUGAAACGGAUGAAGAUCUCUCUGAGUGUGGAAAAAAAGGAGUCGCAGUGAAACCUCGAAGAGGAGAUGCACUUCUAUUCUUUAGUCUCCACCCAAAUGCUAUCCCAGACACUCUCAGUCUUCAUGCAGGAUGCCCUGUUAUCGAAGGAGAGAAAUGGUCAGCAACGAAAUGGAUUCACGUGGACUCAUUUGAUAAGACAGUGGGAGCUGGAGGGGACUGCACUGAUCAGCAUGAAAGCUGUGAAAGAUGGGCUGCCCUUGGAGAAUGCACUAAGAAUCCUGAAUAUAUGGUUGGAACUUCAGGCCUUCCCGGCUACUGUAGGAAAAGUUGCAAGACAUGUUAGAAGUGUAAUGGAAUGCUUUCCAGACUCCAAGUGAUGAUUUUGGAUGACUUUCUAUUUUCCGUUGGUCCUCGAUUUGUAUUAUUUUUAUUUUUUUUUCUGUUGUGGUUUGUAAUGUAUUUUAUGUAUCAUUAUACAUGUUAGCUCUCUGAUAGUGUUCUAGUCUCAUGGUCACAUUUUAAGAGGUACAUUUUUUAGUUGGGAAGCUGUAAUUGUAGGUGAUUUGUGAUUCGAAAUUUUUUCCUUGGUUACUCUGUAAAAUGGCAAAAAAGAAAAAUAUAGUUUAAAUUUCUUCCUUAGUUCCCCAA